UUGAAGGGAUAAAACUUGUGGUGAGGUAGUUCACCACACUAUCUUGUUUGCUGGGUGUAAAAAUGAGAGAGAAAUCACACGAGGCUUUAGAUGAGAAAGGAGCCCCAAGAUGUCCCAAGUAAAGCUGUCAUUUUCAUAGCAUAAAUUCAAAAGUUUGGCAACUGAGAAAACAUCCAUUUAUGUGUUAACCCUGGUUGAGAAAAGUCUGAAGUUCUGUGGAAGCGAGUCAGAGACCUAAAGACAGCAUUCUUUGUUGUUGGGGUUAAGUGACUUGCCCAGGAUCACACAGCUGGAUGAAAUUGAUGAUGAGUGUGCCUGGACUGUCUCAAAGAGGAAUAUAACCAGAGGACCAUUUUAGAAUUCUAGAGAUAUUCACAGCAUCUCCUCACCUUCUUUGUCUCUUUUUUGGAGAUAGAAAGAUAUCAUAUCUGAUUUGUCCUUGCCCAUUUCCAUAUACAUUUAAUCAGCCCAGUUACCACCAUGAAUGAGGAACCAAUGAAUUCAAGCUACUUUGAAUACUUAAACGAUUAUAGUGCAGUCACUCCCAGUACAGAUUAUUUCAUUGAUGAGGGAUUGUUUUGUUUUAUGAAGGAUGUCAGAGACUUCACAACGUUAUUUGUACCAAUUGCCUACUCCUUUAUCUGUGUCUUUGGCCUACUGGGGAACAUUUUAGUGGUGAUCACCUUUGCUUUCUACAAGAAAGCCAAAUCCAUGACUGAUGUCUAUCUCUUUAAUAUGGCCAUAGCAGACAUAUUAUUCAUCCUUACUCUCCCAUUCUGGGCUGUAAAUCAUGCUACAGGCUCAUGGAAGUUUAGCAACAUUGUGUGCAAACUGACUACAAGUAUAUAUGCCAUCAACUUUAAUUGCGGAAUGCUUCUCUUGACCUGUAUCAGCCUGGACCGAUACAUCGCUAUCGUACAGGCGACCAAAUCUUUCAGGCUUCGAACCCGGACAUUGGCAUAUAAGAAGAUGAUAUGUUUGGUGGUGUGGUUGUUCUCAAUCAUAAUCUCAAGUUCAACUUUUAUAUUCAACCAAAAAUAUACAACACAGGGGAGGGAGGUCUGUGAAGCCAAAUACCACACGACCUCAGAGGCGGUCAAAUGGAAAAUACUCAUCCUGGCUCUCCAGCUUCUCUUUGGUUUCUUUAUCCCUUUAGUGUUCAUGAUAUUUUGCUACAUGUUCAUUGUCAAAACUUUAGUGCAGGCUCACAAUUCUAAGCGGCAUAAAGCUAUCCGGGUAAUUAUUGUGGUGGUCCUCGUUUUCUUGGUCUGCCAAGUGCCCCAUAAUAUGGUUCUUCUCGUGAUUGCCAACAAUACAGGUCAGCUCCGAUCCUGCAGUAGUGAGAAGCUCAUAGCUUAUACAAGGAGUGUCACAGAAGUACUGGCUUUUCUGCAUUGCUGCCUCAACCCUGUGCUUUAUGCAUUCAUUGGGCAGAAAUUUAGAAAUUACUUUCUUAAGAUCAUGAAGGACCUGUGGUGUAUGGGCAGUAAGCAUAAGGCAUCAGGCUUCUCUUGCUCUAAGAUCUAUUCAGAAAACUACAUUUCCAGACAGACUAGUGAAACCUGUGAGAACGAGAAUGCAUCAUCUUUUACUAUGUAGUGUACUAUGGAUAAAAAUAAUCAUGACAGGCUUUAGAAAAUGAUAUCAAAGAAUUUCCUUAUCAUCUGUUGGAUAGCCAAUUCUUGAUUGUCUCAAAGUAGUGGAAGGAUAGCAUGGAUCACUGAAAACCACAGGAAAAAAAAAAGAAACCAAAAGACCCGAGCCUGUUUUCACUCAAUCG